CAAACUUCUGUCAAACGCGCAAAGCAAAAAACGCAAGCCGACAACUUGCCAAGGAUUGGAAAAUUUAAAUUCGUUUUCUGGAAAAACCAGCAAAAAACUAAGUUUUCUCAACGAUAAAACGGUUAACAAAGAUCAAUCGGCAUGUCGCUCGUGUGCAGUAUAUCGAAUGAGGUUCCGGAACAUCCAGUGGUGUCUCCAAGGUCUGGUUCCAUCUUUGAAAAGCGAUUGAUUGAGAAGUACAUAUUAGAAAAUGAAUGCGAUCCAGUCAAUGGUGAACCGCUCAGGGCGGAGGAAUUGAUCGAAAUUAAGACACCUCCAAUCGUACGACCGAAACCACCAAGCGCAACCAGUAUUCCGGCUACCUUGAAGAUGAUGCAAGACGAGUGGGACGCCCUGAUGUUACAUGCUUUCACUCAGAGACAGCAGCUGCAAACGGCCCGACAGGAACUGUCCCAUGCUCUAUAUCAGCACGAUGCCGCCUGUCGUGUCAUUGCCCGUCUGAAUAAGGAAGUGGCUGCCGCUCGAGAAGCUUUAGCCACUCUGAAACCACAGACCGGUAUGACGUCCAUCCAGUCGAUGCCACAACCGUCGAUAGCUUCCGAAUCCGGUGGAAUUGCCAGCCAGCCGAUCGAGCAAGCUGGCAUGAGCGUCGAAGUUAUUCAGAAACUGCAGGAUAAGGCUACAGUGCUCACGCAAGAACGUAAAAAGAAAGGCCGUACCGUGCCGGAAGAGUUGGUCAGUGCCGAGAAAAUCCGUGGAUUUCUUACUUUGGCUUCUCAUCCGGGUCUGCAUUCUGCUAGUGUUCCUGGCAUUUUAGCUCUUGACAUAAACCAUUCUGAUCAAAGUAAGAUUUUGACCGGCGGAAACGAUAAGAAUGCAACCGUUUUCAACAAGGACACUGAACAGAUUGUGGCAAUUUUGAAAGGACACACCAAGAAAGUUACCAAGGUUAUAUUCCACCCGGAGGACGACACUGUUAUCACUGCAUCACCGGAUGCAUGCAUACGCAUUUGGCAUGUGCCCACUUCUCAGACUCAGUUGCUGUUGCGUUGCCACGAUGGACCCGUGACUGGAUUGUCACUGCAUCCAACCGGAGAUUACGUUCUAUCAACUUCUUCAGAUAGACAUUGGGCUUUCUCGGACAUUCGCUCGGGUCGUUUACUCACCAAAGUUCCGGACACGGCUGAGAUUGGCUUGACCACUGCUCAGUUCCAUCCUGACGGGUUGAUUUUUGGAACCGGAACCGAGGAUUCGCAAGUGAAGAUUUGGGAUCUGAAGGAACAAAGUAACGUGGCCAAUUUCCCCGGACACACUGGACCCAUAACGGCUAUUUCGUUCUCCGAAAACGGUUACUAUCUGGCAACGGCAGCCGAUGACGCCUGUAUUAAGCUGUGGGAUUUGCGAAAGUUGAAAAACUUCAAAACCAUCACACUGGACGAGGGUUACGAAAUCAAGGAUUUAUGCUUCGAUCAAAGCGGUACCUAUUUGGCGAUUGCAGGUACCGAUAUAAGGGUCUACUUGUGCAAGCAAUGGCAGGAGCUGAAGGUAUUCAACGAUCACACCGCAAUGGCUACCGGAGUGCGAUUCGGGCGGCAUGCUCAGUAUCUGGCCUCGACGAGUAUGGACCGUACUCUUAAGCUGUACGGCAUCGAGUAGAUGCUGAUAACCUGUAAUUUUGUGGAAUCAUAAACGUGAACAUAAAAAUUCGUAGCCAUGCAUACGACUAUUACUACCUAUCUUACUAAUACCAGCUCUUUAAGUUGCUAUUGGAUUAUUUUGCGUCAUCAAGACGAAAUAAACUCAACCGAUUUGGAACAAACUUAAAA